AAUAACCAAAUAAAUGUAAGGAAAGGGAAGAACAGCUGCGAGCAGCAGGCAGCGGUGGAUAACAUUCCAGGGAGGCUGUGGGCGAAGGCCUGCUGGGAAGCUGCUGCACAGAGGGGGAAGAUCUGGAGGUGAAGGCAGAGCAAGGCUCCACCAGCAGCACCAGAGGUUUUUAAGAAGAAUCUGAUGGUGAGAAUAGGUUAAGAAGACUCAAGAUGACGACAACAGUAGCGACAGAUUAUGACAAUAUUGAAAUCCAACAGCAGUACAGUGAUGUCAACAACCGCUGGGAUGUCGAUGACUGGGACAAUGAAAAUAGUUCUGCUCGACUGUUUGAGCGAUCCCGCAUCAAGGCUCUAGCUGAUGAACGUGAGGCAGUUCAGAAGAAGACUUUCACAAAGUGGGUUAAUUCCCACUUGGCACGCGUAUCCUGCAGAAUCACAGAUUUGUAUGCUGACCUUCGUGAUGGAAGGAUGCUCAUCAAGCUUCUGGAGGUUCUUUCAGGAGAGAGACUUCCGAAACCAACUAAAGGAAGGAUGCGCAUCCAUUGCCUGGAGAAUGUUGAUAAAGCCCUCCAGUUCCUGAAAGAGCAGAGGGUGCACCUAGAAAACAUGGGAUCUCAUGAUAUUGUGGAUGGGAAUCACAGGCUGACCCUUGGUCUUAUUUGGACUAUUAUCCUGAGAUUCCAGAUCCAAGACAUCAGUGUUGAAACUGAGGACAACAAGGAGAAGAAAUCUGCUAAAGAUGCUUUGCUUUUGUGGUGCCAGAUGAAGACAGCUGGUUACCCCAACGUCAACAUUCACAACUUUACAACCAGCUGGAGGGAUGGGAUGGCUUUCAAUGCACUAAUACACAAGCACAGGCCUGAUUUGAUUGAUUUUGACAAGCUGAAGAAAUCAAAUGCACACUACAAUCUGCAGAAUGCUUUUAACCUUGCAGAGCAACACCUUGGUCUUACUAAGCUCCUGGACCCCGAGGAUAUCAGUGUUGAUCAUCCUGAUGAGAAGUCAAUCAUCACCUAUGUGGUAACAUACUACCACUAUUUCUCCAAGAUGAAAGCUUUAGCUGUUGAAGGAAAACGUAUCGGAAAGGUGCUUGACAAUGCCAUUGAAACAGAGAAAAUGAUUGAAAAAUACGAAUCACUGGCUUCUGACCUUCUGGAGUGGAUUGAGCAAACCAUUAUCAUCCUCAACAAUCGCAAAUUUGCCAACUCACUGGUUGGUGUGCAACAGCAGCUGCAGGCUUUCAACACUUAUCGCACAGUGGAAAAACCACCCAAAUUUACAGAAAAAGGAAACCUAGAAGUGCUGCUUUUUACCAUCCAAAGCAAAAUGAGAGCCAACAACCAGAAAGUAUACAUGCCAAGGGAGGGCAAACUCAUCUCUGACAUUAACAAGGCCUGGGAAAGACUGGAAAAAGCUGAACAUGAAAGAGAACUGGCACUGCGAAAUGAGCUCAUCAGACAAGAGAAACUGGAACAACUUGCACGCAGAUUUGAUCGCAAGGCAGCUAUGAGAGAAACUUGGCUGAGUGAAAAUCAACGUCUUGUUUCUCAGGAUAAUUUUGGCUUUGACCUUCCAGCGGUAGAAGCCGCAACGAAAAAACAUGAGGCCAUAGAAACAGACAUUGCAGCCUAUGAAGAACGAGUCCAGGCUGUGGUUGCAGUUGCGAAGGAACUUGAGACUGAAAAUUACCACGAUAUCAAACGCAUUACUGCGAGAAAGGACAACGUUAUCCGCCUAUGGGAGUAUCUCCUGGAGCUGCUCAAGGCCCGGAGGCAGCGGCUGGAGAUGAAUCUUGGUCUGCAAAAGAUUUUCCAGGAAAUGCUGUACAUUAUGGACUGGAUGGAUGAGAUGAAGGUGCUUCUGCUGUCUCAAGACUAUGGCAAACACUUGUUAGGAGUUGAAGAUCUGUUGCAGAAACAUGCACUUGUGGAGGCUGAUAUUGCAAUUCAGGCUGAGAGAGUGAGAGGGGUCAAUGCAUCUGCUCAGAAGUUUGCCACCGAUGGAGAAGGUUACAAACCGUGUGACCCGCAGGUUAUCAGGGACCGCGUUGCUCACAUGGAGUUCUGUUACCAAGAGCUGUGCCAGCUUGCAGCUGAGCGCCGGGCCCGCUUGGAAGAGUCCCGACGCCUCUGGAAGUUCUUCUGGGAAAUGGCUGAAGAAGAAGGUUGGAUCAGGGAGAAGGAGCAGAUCCUGUCAUCUGAUGACUAUGGGAAGGACCUAACGAGCGUCGUUCGUCUCUUGAGUAAACAUAAGGCGUUUGAAGACGAAAUGAGUGGUCGUAGUGGCCACUUUCAGCAGGCGAUAAAAGAAGGUGAAGACAUGAUUGCGGAGGAGCAUUUUGGGUCUGAGAAAAUCAGAGAAAGAAUUAAGGAUAUCCGGGAGCAGUGGGCUAACUUGGAACAGUUAUCUGCCAUUAGGAAGAAGCGUCUGGAGGAAGCCUCUCUCCUUCACCAGUUCCAGGCUGAUGCUGAUGACAUCGAUGCGUGGAUGUUGGACAUCCUCAAAAUUGUUUCCAGCAAUGAUGUUGGCCAUGAUGAGUAUUCCACUCAGUCCUUGGUCAAGAAACACAAAGAUGUGGCUGAAGAGAUUGCAAGCUACCGGCCAACCAUUGACUCGCUUCACGAACAAGCAAAGGCUCUACCACAGGAGCACGCUGGAUCUCCAGAUGUGCAAGGCAGAUUGUCUGGAAUAGAAGAGAGGUACAAAGAGGUUGCUGAGCUGACGCGGCUGCGUAAACAGGCCUUGCAGGAUACCCUUGCUCUUUAUAAGAUGUUCAGUGAAGCAGAUGCUUGUGAGCUUUGGAUUGAUGAAAAGGAGAAGUGGCUGAAUAAUAUGCAGAUUCCAGAGAAGCUGGAGGACCUGGAAGUGAUCCAGCACAGAUUUGAAAGCUUAGAACCAGAAAUGAACAAUCAGGCCUCCCGUGUUGCAGUGGUGAACCAAAUUGCUAGACAGCUAAUGCACAGUGGCCAUCCCAGUGAGAAGGAGAUCAAAGCACAGCAAGAUAAGCUCAACACAAGAUGGAGCCAGUUCAGAGAACUGGUAGAUAGGAAGAAGGAUGCUCUGCUUUCUGCUCUGAGUAUCCAGAACUACCAUCUUGAAUGUAAUGAAACCAAAUCCUGGAUCAGGGAAAAGACCAAAGUGAUCGAAUCCACACAAGAUCUGGGUAAUGAUCUAGCUGGAGUGAUGGCCCUGCAGAGGAAGCUGACGGGCAUGGAACGUGACCUGGUAGCCAUUGAAGCCAAGCUAAGUGACCUGCAAAAAGAGGCAGAAAAGUUAGAAUCAGAGCAUCCUGACCAGGCACAGGCUAUCCUUUCACGGCUUGCAGAAAUUAACGAUGUGUGGGAAGAAAUGAAGACCACUCUCAAGAACCGGGAAGAAUCCCUCGGAGAAGCAAGCAAGCUGCAGCAGUUCCUGAGAGAUCUGGAUGACUUCCAGUCUUGGCUAUCCAGAACACAGACUGCAAUUGCAUCUGAAGAUAUGCCAAACACACUGACAGAGGCCGAGAAGCUGCUCACUCAACACGAGAAUAUUAAGAAUGAAAUCAACAAUUAUGAGGAAGAUUAUCAGAAAAUGAGGGACAUGGGAGAGAUGGUGACACAAGGGCAAACUGACGCUCAGUACAUGUUCUUGCGCCAGCGCCUGCAAGCUUUGGACACUGGGUGGAAUGAGCUUCACAAAAUGUGGGAGAACAGGCAAAAUCUCCUUUCCCAGUCUCAUGCCUAUCAGCUGUUUCUUAGAGAUACCAAGCAAGCAGAAGCGUUUCUUAAUAACCAGGAGUAUGUUUUGGCACACACGGAAAUGCCCACUACCUUGGAAGGAGCAGAAGCUGCUAUUAAAAAACAGGAGGAUUUCAUGACCACAAUGGAUGCCAAUGAAGAAAAGAUCAAUGCAGUUGUGGAGACUGGCAGGAGGCUAGUUAGUGAUGGAAACAUUAAUUCGGAUAAAAUCCAGGAGAAAGUGGACUCUAUUGAUGAUAGACAUAGGAAGAACCGUGAAGCAGCCAGUGAACUUCUGAUGAGACUGAAAGAUAACAGGGAUCUGCAAAAGUUUCUUCAGGAUUGUCAAGAGCUCUCACUCUGGAUCAAUGAAAAGAUGCUUACAGCCCAGGAUAUGUCCUAUGAUGAGGCAAGGAACCUGCAUAGCAAAUGGCUGAAGCAUCAGGCAUUUAUGGCAGAACUUGCAUCCAACAAAGAAUGGCUGGAGAAGAUAGAAAAGGAGGGAAUGCAGCUCAUUGCUGAGAAACCAGAGACUGAAGCUGUAGUGAAAGAAAAGCUGACAGGUCUCCACCAGAUGUGGGAAGAGCUUGAAUCCACUACCCAGACCAAGGCUCAGCGUCUCUUUGAUGCGAACAAAGCGGAACUUUUUACCCAGAGCUGUGCUGAUUUGGAUAAGUGGCUGAACGGUUUGGAAAGUCAGAUUCAGUCAGAUGACUAUGGAAAAGAUCUCACCAGUGUCAACAUCCUAUUGAAGAAGCAGCAGAUGCUAGAAAAUCAAAUGGAUGUUCGUAAGAAGGAGAUAGAGGAGCUGCAAAGCCAGGCCCGGGCUUUAAGUCAAGAAGGAAAGAGUACAGAUGAAGUAGAUGGCAAACGCCUUACUGUAGAAAAGAAAUUUUUGGAGUUGUUGGAACCUUUGAAUGAAAGAAAGGCAAACCUGCUGGCAUCCAAAGAGAUCCACCAGUUCAACCGGGAUGUGGAAGAUGAAAUUCUGUGGGUUGGAGAGAGGAUGCCUAUAGCUACAUCUACUGAUCAUGGACACAACCUCCAGACUGUGCAGCUACUAAUUAAGAAAAAUCAGACCCUUCAGAAAGAAAUCCAGGGACAUCAGCCUCGUAUCGAUGACAUUUUUGAGAGGAGUCAAAACAUCAUCACAGAGAGUAGCCCUAAUGCUGAAGCAAUUCAGCAGAGACUUGCGGACUUGCAGCAGCUGUGGAACCUCCUAAUUGAGGAGACAGAGAAACGCCACAAGCGCCUGGAGGAGUCUCACAGAGCCCAACAGUAUUAUUUUGAUGCUGCUGAGGCUGAGGCCUGGAUGAGUGAGCAGGAGCUCUACAUGAUGUCAGAAGAGAAAGCCAAGGAUGAACAGAGUGCCGUGUCCAUGCUGAAGAAACACCAGAUUUUGGAACAAGCUGUAGAAGACUAUGCUGAAACUGUGCACCAGCUUUCAAAGACCAGCAGAACUUUGGUGGCAGAUAAUCACCCAGAAAGUGAGCGUAUCAGCAUGCGCCAGUCCAAAGUGGAUAAGCUGUAUGCAGGCCUGAAGGAUCUAGCUGAAGAGAGACGGGGCAGGCUGGAUGAGAGACACAGGCUGUUCCAGCUGAAUCGUGAAGUGGAUGACCUGGAGCAGUGGAUUGCUGAAAGGGAGGUGGUAGCAGGAUCCCAUGAGCUGGGUCAGGAUUAUGAACAUGUAACGAUGCUACAGGAGAGAUUCCGAGAAUUUGCCCGAGACACUGGAAACAUUGGACAGGAGCGUGUUGAUACUGUUAACCACAUGGCAGAUGAACUCAUUAACUCUGGACAUUCAGAUGCUGCAACAAUUGCAGAGUGGAAGGAUGGACUCAAUGAAGCCUGGGCUGAUCUCCUGGAGCUCAUUGACACGAGAACACAAAUUCUAGCAGCCUCUUAUGAACUGCACAAAUUUUACCAUGAUGCCAAGGAGAUCUUAGGACGUAUUCAAGACAAACAUAAGAAACUGCCUGAAGAGCUUGGUAGAGACCAAAACACAGUGGAAACACUACAGAGAAUGCACACAACAUUUGAGCAUGACAUCCAGGCACUUGGCACACAGGUGAGACAGCUUCAGGAGGAUGCUGCACGCCUCCAGGCUGCCUAUGCUGGAGACAAAGCUGAUGACAUCCAGAAGAGGGAAAACGAGGUUCUAGAAGCAUGGAAGGCACUGCUGGAUGCCUGUGAGGGCCGCCGGCUUAGACUGGUGGAUACAGGAGACAAAUUCCGAUUCUUCAGCAUGGUUCGUGACCUCAUGCUUUGGAUGGAAGAUGUUAUCCGACAGAUAGAAGCCCAAGAAAAGCCAAGGGAUGUUUCGUCUGUUGAACUACUGAUGAACAAUCACCAGGGUAUCAAAGCAGAAAUUGAUGCCCGGAAUGACAGCUUUACUACCUGCAUUGAGCUUGGCAAAUCUCUUUUGGCAAGAAAACACUACGCAUCAGAGGAGAUCAAGGAAAAGCUGCUGCAGCUGACAGAAAAGAGAAAAGAAAUGAUUGACAAAUGGGAAGACAGAUGGGAGUGGCUGAGACUGAUUUUGGAGGUUCACCAGUUUUCAAGAGAUGCAAGUGUGGCUGAGGCUUGGCUGCUGGGCCAGGAGCCCUACCUAUCCAGUCGUGAAAUAGGUCAAAGUGUUGAUGAAGUGGAAAAAUUAAUUAAGCGGCAUGAAGCAUUUGAAAAAUCCGCAGCUACUUGGGAUGAGAGAUUUGCAGCACUGGAAAGACUGACCACAUUGGAACUUCUGGAAGUACGUCGGCAGCAGGAGGAAGAGGAGAGGAAGAGACAGCCGCCUGCUCCAGAGCCAAGCGCAAAGGUUGCAGAGGAUGGUGACUCCCAGCAGCAAUGGGAUGGAACGAAAGGAGAACAGGUUUCCCAGAAUGGUUUGCCAUCAGACCAGGAAUCUCCACGGGUGGCAGAAACUGCAGGAACAAACGAAAUGGUCAACGGAGCUGCAGAACAAAGGACAAGUUCGAAGGAGUCGAGUCCUGUUCCUUCUCCAACAGCAGACCGUAAAGCCAAGAUGGCUGUUCAGGCCCAGACUGCUGCUACCCUGCCCACCAAAACACAAGAGAUUCCUUCAGCUCAGAUGGAGGGCUUCUUACAUCGCAAACAUGAAUGGGAGACACACAGCAAGAAAGCCUCAAGCAGAUCAUGGCAUAACGUGUACUGUGUCAUAAACAAUCAAGAGAUGGGCUUCUACAAGGAUUCAAAAGCUGCUGCUUCUGGCAUCCCCUACCACAACGAGAUUCCUGUCAGCUUGAAAGAUGCAGUCUGUGAAAUAGCGGUUGAUUACAAAAAGAAAAAGCAUGUGUUCAAGCUAAGAUUGACUGAUGGCAACGAAUACCUCUUCCAAGCCAAAGAUGAUGAGGAGAUGAACACGUGGAUUCAGGCCAUCACAUCAGCUAUCUCUUCUGAUAAAAUCGAAGUGUCCCCGACCACCCAGAGCACUCCAGCCUCCAGCCGUGCCCAGACCCUGCCUGCCAGCGUCACAAUAACCAGCGAGUCCAGCCCUGGCAAGCGGGAGAAAGACAAAGAGAAAGACAAAGAGAAAAGAUUCAGCCUUUUUGGUAAAAAGAAGUGAAUUCCAUCUCCACACACUGCACUUCUCUGACCGUUCCAGUGGAUUUCCAGCAUGCGAGCUCAGAACCAAUACGUUACUCUCUGUGCCUCAUGUUCCUCAAUGUGAUUGACAUUUUUUUAUUUAUAGAGCGUUUUAAAAUUAAAAGCCAACAAAAAAAAGAAUCUAAAGUUAAAAAUGUAUGAGGUGCAUUGGGCAGCUUCUGUAGGAGAGGGAGGACCAGGUUUUGGGGGUUUGUUUUUGUUUUUUUGGGUUUUUGUUUGGUUGUGUUUUUGUUUUUUUUUUUUAAAUGAAGUUAAUGUAGAUUAGAUCUUAAUAUUUAAACUGUUCCUCAAUUUUGUGAGGCUGUCUUGGAAAAUAACCCACUCCUAGUGCUAUUGGUAUGCAAGGCAGCGGUGCUUUCAAAUCUACUGUGCACAUCAAAAAACAAUGUACAAAUUUUCAAAAACGUUCACUUUCAUUUAAGGUUGUUAUGCUGAGUCUUGACUAGUAGAGCCUCCCAUUACAAUUCUAACAUUUAUUAAAAUGAUAGUGUAUGACCUUUGCUGUAACAGAGUGCAGGUAUGCAUUAACUUACAGACAAACCAUUUAUAUCCUGGCAUUGGUUAUUAACACAACCUGAAGCUUUUCUGCAUCAAGUAUGACAGAUAAGAAUGUUGGUGUACAAGGUGGAUUAGCAGGCUGAUACAGUUUUAAAUAAUCUGUAAUUUCAAUUUUUUUUUUUUUUUUUUUGUUGAAAUACAUUAUAUUGUAUGUUUCAGAUAAUUCUAGUACAAAGUAUAAUAAGACUAGAUGUAUAAUAAACCCUUUAAAAUCAUUGAUAAGUGUAAAAGUGGAACUGAAGCAUUUACUGGAAAAGUAAUGUUACUCAAAUGGUUACUUGCUUGUCAGCUGCAGCACUGUGUGUUAUAAUUUUGCUACAUUACCUUGCUAUUUGAUACAUAGUGUGCAUUUCUCUGUCACUGUAACUAUUGUAAUGAAAAAUUUUCAUCUUACUGCACAAUCAAAAAUUACAUUUAAUAGGAAUGAACUUUCAAUGACUGGGCCUGUAGUCAAGAGUAGUACUGGAACCGGCUUUCAGUUGUAUCGAACUGUACCUCUAGACUUUUACCCUAUCUGUUAAAUAUAUGCUAUGUCAUUAAAUGCUUUUAAAACUAUCUAUGCUGGUUAAGUUUCUUAUUUCAUUUCUGAUGAUGUUAAAUCAUAAUUUUGAAAGAGGAUCAAAAAUAAAGUUAUUUUAAAAUGUCA